UUCAUCAUGGCGGCACUCAUCGUUUCUAAACGAAAAUGUGGAUAGUUUUAAAUAAUGCUGUCAAAUAUAGCCUAUGUAUAUCCUGUCAAGGAUCGACAGACGCAGCUUGUUCCUGCAAAAGUGAAAGAGAAAACCAGAACAAAAACCACCUCGUAUCUAACACAAACGAAACAACACUUCACUGCAUUCCCUGAUGAGAAUGCACAAUGGACGAUAAAAGACACCCGUUUUCUUUUUGUAGACCUGGAUUCAUUAAUUGAGAGAAUGUUCAUGCUUGUGUAUCUGCUGUCAUGCUUGACAGUCGUCAGUUCAGGUUCUCACUCACUGAUGGCUUUGGCAACAUAUAUAGAUGGACAAACACAAUUUCCUGAGUUCAGUGUUGUGGUGAUGUUGGAUGAUCUGCAAAUAAUGUAUUAUGACUCAGCCACAUGGAAAGUUGCCUAUCGCUCUCACAGUGAAUCAAAAUACUAUGAUGAAGAGAAAAGAGAUGUUGGUUCUGUAUUUGAUGAUAUGUUUAGCAGCAUGAGAAAUCGAGCAUUUUAUCUUAAGAAUCACCUAAAUCGUACAGAUGGUGUGCAUGUUCAUCAAAGACUUGCUGGAUGUGAAUUGUUGAAAAAUGAUAAACCAGGUCUGCUGAAAACAUGGGAUGCCUUUGAUGGGCAAAAUAUGGAGGGGUACACAUUUGACGUGGAAAAAAAAGAUAUCCAGAUAAAAAAGCCAUGGAUUACAGCAUGGAACCAAGUGAAAAAACUUCGUGUAAAGUUUCUGUAUGAAAAUGUUUAUCAUCCUGUUUGCAUUAGAACUUUGCAGCGGUACCUGAAUAUGGAAAAGAACAGUGUGAUGACAAAAGUGAAACCCAGAGUCAGACUAAUGAGGAAGACGCUCCCAGACUCUCAGGGCUUUCAGAUCAGUUGUCUGGCCACUGGUUUUUACCCUCGUCACAUUAACCUGACCCUGUUCAGAGAUGGUCAGCCUGUGGAUGAUGAUCAGAUCACAGGAGGAGAGAUUCUGCCCAACGGAGAUGGAACUUACCAGAUGAGGAAGACUUUGGUGAUCAGUGAAAAAGAGCUACAUGAGAAACAUAAAUACAACUGCACAAUGAAGCACCUCAAUCUGGACAACAAACUGGAUGUUACAUUUGAUGUGGGUGAAUCUGGCCCAGGAUCUUUCAGUCUGUCUGUAGUUGUCAGUGUGCUGGUGUUCAUGUGUGUGGCUGUUCUCAUCAUAACUGCACUCAUCAUAAGGAGGAAGAGACGUGCUGCUGGACAAGAAUCUGGACAAGGAUUCAGCCUCUUUCCAAAUGAAACAUGAAAAACCCGGUGGUGAUUAAAGUCGAGAGUCAAGAAUUGUAUGAGCCAGAGGAGGAAGAUCCAUAUGAAAAAACAUGGAGAAAUUCUUUGCUCACAGACUGAAAAAAGAGUCCUCUCAAAAAAGAGCUCGAAAGAAGUUUUAAAAGCCAUUAUGUCUGCCCACGAUAUGGCAGCAAUUUCACUUAUGAAAAAAGCUUUAAAAACAUGAAUUAAUGCACGAGGUACAAUGCCCUUUUUGUGGUAACAUUUUCACUACGAAAGGAAGCCUUAAAAACCACAUGAGAAUUCACACCGGAGAGAAGCCUUUCAUGUGUGAUCAAUGCGGAAAGAGUUACACGUGAAGCAAGACCAUAAAGGAUCACAUGAGGAUUCACACUGGAGAAAGACCUUUUAAGUGUGAUCAGUGUGGAAAGUGGUACAUACAAAGCAAGACCUUAAAGGAUCACAUGAGGAUUCACACUAGAGAAAGGCCCUUCAAAUGUGAUCAAUGCGGAAAGAGUUUCAUGCAUAAAAAACAAAACAAAACAAAAAUAUAGAAACCAUCACAGAAAUUGUAAUGGUUUCCACUACAAAUACCAUUACAAACCAUCAACUGUUAACCAUAAAGACUAUUAAAAAUGGUUUCCUGUAGUGUGUGUGACAUAUUCUAUUAGGACUUUGUAGUUUUAACAAGCCACCAAUAGAAGGUGCCAAAUUACCAGUAGAGACCCACAAGGCCUUUUACAGUUUCCAUUAAAACCAACGCAAUUACCCAUUAUAAAGAGUAAAACCAUUACAAAUUCUGUGAUUGUUUCUAUUAUUUGUUGUUGUUGUUUUUUUUUUUUUUUUUUUUUUUUCCA